UGGAACCUGUCUGUCCCCUCCUCCUCCUUCCUCUCUCUCUCUCUCUCUCUCUCUGUCUCUCUCUCUCUCUCUCUCUCUCUCGCUCUGCAUAUUCAGCAGAGCUGCUGCCCUGCUCUCUUCAUCACUCAGCCACUCCUGCGGCGUUUGCUCACUGCCUGAAGGGGACACCGGCCGGCUCCUCACCCACUGAUUCUGCAUGACUGUCACAAAGAUGUCAUGGCGUCCGACCUACCGAAGCUCCAAGUUUCGAAACGUCUAUGGAAAAGUAGCCAACCGGGAGAACUGCUUCGACGGCAUUCCCAUCACCAAAAACGUCCAUGACAACCACUUCUGUGCCGUUAACUCCAAGUUCCUGGCAGUCGUCACAGAGAGCGCCGGAGGGGGUUCCUUCAUUGUCAUACCUGUACCACAGUCUGGCCGUCUGGACUCUCAUUACCCAAAAGUGUGUGGCCACCAAGGAAACGUCCUGGACAUCAAGUGGAAUCCAUUCUUCGAAAACAUCAUCGCUUCCUGCUCUGAAGAUACGUCGGUGCGAGUAUGGGAGAUCCCAGAUGGCGGUCUGAGGCGCAACAUGACCGAGGCGGUGCUGGAGCUGUACGGCCACAGCAGACGGGUGGGUCUGAUCGAAUGGCACCCCACCAGCAGCGGCAUCCUUUUCAGCGCCGGCUACGACUACAAGAUCCUGAUCUGGAACCUGGAGAUCGGAGAGCCGGUGAAAAUGAUCGACUGCCACUCUGACGUUAUCCUCAGCAUGUCGUUCAACACAGACGGCAGCCUUCUGGCCACCAGCUGCAAAGACAAGAAGCUGCGCAUCAUUGAGCCACGCUCCGGCAGAGUCCUUCAGCAAGCCAGCUGUAAGAACCACCGCGUAAACCGAGUUGUGUUCCUGGGCAACAUGAAGCGGCUGCUCACCACAGGGGUUUCUCGCUGGAACACCAGGCAGAUCGCUCUGUGGGAUCAGGAGGAUUUGUCCAUGCCGAUGGUUGACGAGGACAUCGACGGCCUCUCAGGGUUGCUGUUUCCAUUUUAUGACGCUGACACACAUAUGUUGUAUCUGGCGGGAAAGGGUGAUGGCAACAUCCGAUACUUUGAGAUCACCACAGAGAAGCCAUACAUCCAGUACCUGAUGGAGUUCCGGUCCCCAGCCCCACAGAAAGGACUUGGUGUGAUGCCAAAGCAUGGGUUGGAUGUUGCAGCCUGUGAGGUGUUUCGCUUCUACAAACUGGUCACCCUUAAGGGCCUGAUUGAACCCAUUUCAAUGAUUGUGCCAAGAAGGUCGGACACAUACCAGGAGGACAUCUACCCCAUGACGGCUGGAACUGAACCUGCACUGUCUGCCAGCGAAUGGCUGAGCGGCAUCAACAGAGAUCCCGUUUUGAUGUCCCUGAAGGAUGGUUUCAACCGACCAAACCAGUUAGUGUUUAAAGCCCCAGUGAAGGAGAAGAAGAGCGUGGUAGUGAAUGGGAUCGACCUGCUGGAGAAUGUACCGCCCAGAACGGAGAAUGAGCUCUUGCGGAUGUUUUUUCGGCAGCAGGACGAGCUGCGGCGGCUGAAGGAGGAGUUGACCACCAAGGACGUGCGUAUACGCCAACUGGAGCUGGAGCUCAACAACCUGAAGAACGUUAGCCCCAACAACGUCUGACCUCUGACCCUCCUGGACUGGCAAGGCUGCUUCCUUUGCCACCACUUCUGACCUCCAAUAAGCUUCUGAGCCCCCCUCCCUCCUAUGUUUUGUGAUAAUUCACACAAUAUCAUAACUUAAUCCUUGCUGCCCUGCGUAGUGCGCACUAUAAUAUGAUACAUGUUGAAUAAAGGAAUAUUAUAGUAAUAUGUUUCAGUGGCGGCAAAGCAGUGUUUGUGCAUUGCCACCUUUUUAUUAAAGCAAUGAUAAGGUUGUUUCUGA